CCCCCCCACCUUGCCCGCCACAUGGCGAGAAGGAACAGUCCGCCCGUGACGUCACUCCCCCACCCGUGACGUCACUCCCACAGCCGCACCGCGUCCUGCAGUGAGACGCUGCCGACAUCGCCAAGGUCGCCGGUCAACCAUGGCAGCUCACAAGGUGGUGCGGGUACCGACCAAGCCGUACGAUGACCAGAAGCCCGGCACCAGCGGCCUGCGCAAGCGCGUCUCCGUCUUCCAGAGCAAGGAGCACUAUGCGGAGAAUUUCGUGCAGGCCGUGCUGGGCUCCCUGGAGCCCGCCGAGCGAACCGGGGCCACCCUGCUAUGCGGCGGGGACGGCCGCUUCUACAUGCACCACGCCAUUGCCCUCAUCGCACGCAUCUCGGCGGCAAACGGAAUUGGGCGGCUGGUGAUCGGACAAAAAGGCAUCUUCUCCACCCCGGCCGUGUCCAACCUCAUCCGCAAGCGCAAGGCGGUCGGAGGGAUCAUCCUGACGGCGAGCCACAACCCCGGCGGCCCCAACGGAGACUUCGGCAUUAAGUUCAACACGGCCAAUGGAGGGCCUGCGCCCGAGGGAGUGACGGCAAAGAUCUUCGAGUUGAGCAAAACGCUGAAGGAGUUCCUCACCUGCCCGGACAUCAACGUGGAUCUGACGAAGAUUGGCACGCAGACCUUCAACGUCGAGGGCAGUGCCCAGCCCUUCACCGUGGAGAUCAUCGACUCGGUGGAGGACUACCUCGUCAUGCUCAAGGACAUCUUCGACCUGCCCGCCAUCAAGUCGCUCCUCACCGGCCCCAAAGCGCUGAAGCUCCGCGUGGACGCCAUGCACGGAGUGAUGGGGCCGUACGUGCGCCGCGUGCUGGUGCAGGAGCUGGGCGCGCCCGCGGAUUCGGCCGUCAGCUGUGAGCCCCUCGAGGACUUUGGAGGUCACCACCCGGACCCCAACCUCACGUACGCGGCCGAGCUCGUGACGGCGAUGAAGUCCGGCGAGUUCGGGGUCGGCGCUGCCUUCGACGGCGACGGGGAUCGCAACAUGAUCCUGGGGCACAAAGGCUUCUUCGUGAACCCCUCCGACUCGGUGGCCGUCAUCGCCGCCAACAUCUCGUGCAUCCCGUUCUUCCAGCGCACGGGCGUCAAGGGCUUCGCGCGUAGCAUGCCCACCAGCGGCGCCAUCGACCGGGUGGCGGAGGUGGAGAAGGUGGCCUUGUUCGAGGUGCCCACGGGAUGGAAGUUCUUCGGGAACCUGAUGGACGCGGGAAAGCUGUCGCUGUGCGGAGAGGAGAGCUUCGGCACGGGCUCCGACCACAUCCGAGAGAAAGACGGGAUGUGGGCCCUGCUGGCGUGGCUGUCCAUCCUCGCCUUCCGCAAGGAGAGCAUCGAACAGAUCAUGAAGGCGCACUGGGCCAAAUACGGACGCAACUUCUUCACCCGCUACGACUACGAAGAGGUGGACUCGGGCGCGGCCAACACGAUGAUGUCCGACCUGGAGAAGAAGCUGUUCGACCCGGCCUUCGUGGGCAAGGCCUUCACCGAGGGGGACAAGACCUUCACGGUCGCCAAGUCGGACAACUUCUCCUACACCGACCCCGUGGACGGCAGCGUCUCCAAGAACCAGGGUCUACGCCUCAUCUUCACCGAUGGCUCGCGCAUCAUUUUCCGGUUGAGCGGAACGGGCAGUGCCGGGGCAACUAUCCGACUCUACAUCGACAGCUAUGAGAAGGACCCUGCCAAGAUCUACCAAGAUCCUCAGGUGAUGCUGGCUCCUCUGGUGGCCAUCUCCCAGAAGCUCUCCGAUCUCCACGGGCGCACGGGUCGCACCGGCCCGACCGUCAUCACUUAGCCGGCACGCGCCACGGCGACAGGCGCGAGAACACGACCCCGCACGCGGUGCACUCCACCAGCCCCGCCCCCCCCCCUCCCCUUGGCCUACGUCUCGCUUCGCCGAUAGUUUUGACCCCCGACCCAGGGGAAAUGCCUUUUGGUGUUGUCCGUUGCUAAACUUUGUCUAGUGUAAGAAACCAACAUUCGCAAACUCAUGGAUAUUGCUGCUGUUGCGUUCAUUGUGUCGGACAGUUGUAGGAUUUUUUUUCUCAAUUCAAUCUUCUGCUGGUAGCUAUGCGGAACUACGUAUUUUGAAUUGGUGUAAAACAGGAUUGUUAUCGGAGGUUGAACACAUUUUGGUGCGGUACUGCAUUGGCAGUGGUAGACAAGCACAAAUAACAAAAAGUCAAUACAUUCGUCAAUACUCUUUGGUUCUUUCGGUAAAGUCACGUAGGUAAAAAUAAAAAUGAAUUAAAUCACGACGUUUCGGAUGCAACACAAGCGUCUGUCAUCAUUUUAAAUUUUUUUUUCCUACGUGACUUUACCGAAAGAACCAAAGCGUAUGGAUCCUUGCAGUCACGAAAACUUCAAACAUUCGUCAAUAACACUUCUUCCCUAAAAGGUACGAAUAUAUAUAAUAGAUAACGUGUCUUCUGGCUGUGGCCAUUCAUCGCGGUGGAAGAAAAGAGACAACAUUUUGGUGACGUUUUAGGCAAUUGCAUUUUUUUCAUCGCAAAAGAUGGGCCAUUUCCAGAAAUGUCCCCCAUGAUAUUGUUCUUCUUUCAGGGCAGUGUUGUUGAUUAUUUUUUGAGGUUUUGUUAUUCUUAGGGUUGCAUCGUCUUACUCUUUGGUUCUUUCGGUGAAGUCACGUUUUAAAGAGAAAAUAAUAAAUUAAAUACUAGCAUACGACAUUUCGAUUGCAACACAAGCAAUCAUCAUCAGGUAUAAAUUAAAUAGAAACACAAAUCUAAUAUACUUAGAAAUGUAAUGUAAUACAACAGAGAGUCGGAUAACAUAACAGUCAGCACCCUUAUGUUAUCCGACUCUCUGUUGUAUUACAUUACAUUUCUAAGUAUACUAGAUUUGUGUUUCUAUUUCAUUUAUACCUGAUGAUGAUUGCUUGUGUUGCAAUCGAAACGUCGUAUGCUAGUAUUUAAUUUAUUAUUUUCUCUUUAUACGUCACUUUACCGAAAGAACCAAAGAGUAAUUUCCUGCAGUCACGAAAGCUCCACAUUAAGUUUGCAUCGUCUUGUGCUAAAAUUUCAUGAAAAAUGCCAUCAUUCUCCCUUAAGAACGUGCUUGAUUCUAUCAAAAUGGUUCGGGUAAUCUGCGACUGGGCAUUUCCAUAAUAUAUAUCCACAGUACGAUCAAAGGAAGCCACAGUGGGAAUCUGUAACGGCAUAUUUGUGCGCCUGUAGAGCUUGAUUACACGACAUUGUAGCUAAACUGUAUCGUGCACUCGUUUAUGUUGCAAAUAUCAUGCACUGACGCCAACGUUGUCGUUAACUCAGUUGAGAAUGAAAACGAAAACACAUCCACUUGUGGCCUAAGCACCAAGUUUGUGGAGUUAAAAGUUAACAGGUGGUGGUUUCAAAACAGGGUUAUUUUGACAUUGUCAAUAAUACUCUCUGGUUCUUUCGGUAAAGUCACGUAGAUAGAAAAAAUAAUAAAAGAAAACACGACGUUUCGGUCGCAACACAAGCGGCCGUCUUCAGGUGAGAAAAAUUAUCUGCUGUUGUGGCUUUAUAUAGGCACGAGAGGGAGAUUAUUUUUGUCACCUGAAGACGGCCGAAAGAAUCACAGAGAGUAUGGAUUCCUGCAUUCACGAAAGCUUAAAAUCAAGAUUGUCAAUAAUAUUUAAAAUGUGAUUUAUUUGUAGCUACUUUUCUUCACGUAUUAGCGUUUCAAUUCCUAGCGCUGUUUUCCAUCAAACGUGGAGCUGCAGAUUCGUAUUGUGUAUGUAUGUGUGAGUCAAACACUGAUUCACUCAUUCACACAGCUGGUGUAUUGAGCUCACCAGAAAACAUUGAUGUAUUCAAUAUGAGGAGGUACACUGUUAUAACGUUAACAUUUAACUCUCACAAAUAGUACUUUGCUCCGUUGCCUUGAAAUGCUGCGCAAAUAAGAUGAAUGUCCAUUUAAUCCUUGCAGGGGUUGGCAUGAUGCAAAGUCCUAAAUCGAUACAUCCCUGAUUGUAUGGCAGCCAAAGUGAAUAGUGCCGAUGGCCUGCGGCAAUACACUCCAAUAGAUGUUUUGCUUAGGCCAUCGACCGUUCACAGGACCGCAAAACAAUAAGUAACGUGAAUCGCUGUGGAGCUGAUGAUGAAUUAUCUUUGUGAGGUUCGUGGGUAUUGAACUCGAAACCUUUUGCAAUCCAGCCUGACUUGUUCUUCAGUUCACACACACACUGAUAAUGGUUUACUUGUUUAGAAAAAUGUAUGUACAGUGGUACCUCGGUAUACGUCGUUAAUUCGUUCCAGGAAGGUAGGACUUAUACCGAAAAUGACGUAAGUACCAAACGAAUUUUUCCCAUAAGAAAUAAAGUGAAAGGAAAUAUCCGUUGCAGAGUAUAAGAAAUGAUAUUUUACAUGGCAUAUUAUAAAUUAAUGGGGUUGUAUAAAAUAAUUUAGACACUACUAAUUACUAAAAUGCAUACAUACAUUAAAAUAAAUGCAUAAAUAAAUUAAAAUAAAUUUUAAUGAAAUGUAACAUCACUUUACCUUGCUAAGAGGAGUUGAUAGCCUACGAGGAUGGUGGUGAGGAAGAGGAGGAGGUGUGAACGGGGUACGUGGUGACUCAUCCCGACCCAUACAAGUUCUAGCAAGCGCGUCGUAUCCCAAGCAAGACGUCGUAUCCCAAGACUUUUUCUCUCGUAAAAACACGACGUAUACCAAAUUCGACGUAUUCCAAAGCGGUCGUAUACCGAGGUAUGACUACGUUUUAAAGACUAUAAAUCAGGUCCAUAACGGUUGUGAAAGUGUCGGAGUACAAGAGCAAGGGCAGUAAAGAAGAGGGUACGCAGGGAUGUCUGUGCGGUGUCAUUCUUGUUGGUGACAUUGUGCAAAGCAGAUGCCCUGUCACAAAAUGCAAUUAAGGAGGGCAGGAUCUUUUGUUGGCACUGAAAAUUUACUACACUCCUUACACAAAGUGCUUUCCACAAAUGAACCAUAAUACCUUGCUGAUCUCGUCAAGGUUAGCCAUUGAACAAAGUCGGUCACCGCAUCGCGCGAUUUGGGAUGCGCUUCCGUGGCCGUCUGGAACGUUCUUCCGAUAUUAGGAAGCAUCUGGAGCUAUGCACUUUUAAAUCUAGAUUGAAAAGCAAUGUCUUUAAAACUGCUUCUUGUGUUUAGUUGUCUUUCUCCUGCACCUUCGAUUAUCACGGUUGGCUACAUACGGCGUGAAAGAAGUUCAGCAUACAUACAUACAUACUGCUGUAGAAGGUGGCAUUGCUGCAGAGGCAAGUGGAAACGAGUGAAGCUGACUUGCACAGAAUUAAGGCGUUUUCAUCUCCGCUUGACGGUGUGCAGAGUGCAAAAUGGCUUUUACUGGGGCAACUUGAAGAGUGAAAGUCAAAAUAAUAAUGGUUCAAGAUGCAGAAUGUGGAAUGACUGAAAUACUGUAAACUCAAAGCGGUCCACCAUUUCAUUGCAGUCUGCAUACACUCAAAAGCAAACCCGUAAAUAUCCUUUUGAGUCGGGUGCAUAAGUGAAAGUGUUAUUGAUAGGCCCUGUAUGCAAUUUGGAUGUGUCUUCCAUCAUUUCUACCAAUGGACUGUAAGUUGAUUUAGGCUAAACAAUACGUGGUUUACUUGCAAGUUCACGGUGACAUUUCAUAUUGACGGGGCAACAUCAGACCUUGCCAAGAUAUUCGUCUCGCACGCUGGCACCAGCACACAUUUUGACAAAGUCCGCUGUCGAUCGUUCUUGAUGUUUCCCACCGUAACUUAAAAAAAUCACCCUUGCACGCUGGUUCAUCAGCAAGGGGGGAUGUCCGUACGUGGUGCGGAACACGUUCAUCGUUGAUGUGAAAUUAACAAUAAAUGUAUUGAAAUGGCUAA